CCGUCACUUCCAGUGAACCCGGAAGCGGUGCCGUUCAGUAGUUGGGAAAUCGAGAUGGAACCGGGCUUAGUGUAAACCCUGGGCUGAUCGUGGGCGGAGGGAGGCGGGUCUAGGUUGCGGUGGCCAGAGGAGCGGCUAGGGCGGAACAGGUUCAGGGCCUAUACUGGAGAGCCGUGGCUGAGUGUUCCUGCUAGGCCAGCGUCACUCCCGCCUCCAGGUUGGAACUGGCUCCCACCUUCGGCCUGGCUCCCACAGUGCUUUUGCCUGGCUACCAGGGCCCCUCAUCCCGCCCGGGCCGCUGGACGGACCGGGUGAAUUGCCUGCAGGCAGACGAUUCUCUCUGCUUCACUUUUAGCUGUCUUUGUGGCUCUGUCCAGGGCUGUAAGAACGCUUACGUGGAGCAGCCCACUCCAGAACCCCCAUGGAGAAGUUUGGGAUGAAUUUCGGGGGCGGCCCAAGCAAGAAGGAUCUUCUGGAGACCAUAGAGACACAGAAAAAGCAGCUUCUCCAAUACCAGGCAAGGCUCAAGGAUGUGGUCCGUGCCUAUAAAAGCCUUCUGAAGGAGAAAGAAGCCCUGGAGGCCAGCAUCAAGGUACUGUCGGUGUCCCAUGAGGCGGAUGUAAGCCUCUCAGGUGUGCAGCCUCCAGGUCUCGCGUUUCCCGAUUCUGUGGAUGACCGAUGCUCCACUCACAGCGAGGAUAGCACCGGAACUGCCACUAGCCUGGAUACCGCAGCCAGUCUUACAAGUGUCAAGGGCGAAUUUGGGGUUGAAGAUGACAGAGUGGCCCGUGGACCACUUCCUCCAAAGUCUGAAGAGGCCAGUGGGUCAGAGAGUGGCGUUAGUAGUAGUAGUGGGGAUGGGCCAUCAGCGGGUAGUGAGAUGGAUAAAAGAGUUCAUCAGCUGAAGACUCAGUUGGCCACUUUGACUAGCUCCUUAGCUACAGUCACUCAGGAAAAGUCCCGUAUGGAGGCUUCUUACCUGGCGGAUAAGAAGAAGAUGAAGCAGGACUUAGAAGAUGCCAAUAAAAAGGCAGAGGAAGAGCGAGGCCGCCUGGAGGGAGACUUGAAGGGGCUGCAAGAGCAGAUAGCAGAAACCAAAGCCCGACUUAUUACACAGCAGCACGAUCGUGCCCAGGAGCAGAGCGACCAUGCCUUGAUGCUGCGGGAGCUCCAGAAGCUCUUGCAGGAGGAGAGGACCCAACGCCAGGACCUGGAACUUCGGUUAGAAGAGACCAGAGAAGCCUUGGCAGGGCGGGCAUAUGCAGCUGAUCAGAUAGAAGGGUUUGAACUGCAGACCAAGCAACUGACCCGUGAGGUCGAGGAGUUGAAAAGUGAGCUGGAAGCCGUUCGAGAUGAGAAGAACCGACCAGACCCCCGGCUGCAGGAGCUUCAGCAAGAGGCUGCCCGUCUUAAAAGCCAUUUCCAGGCCCAAUUGCAGCAAGAAAUGAGGAAGACAGCCCUUGCAGAGGACCAGCUUCGCCAGCAGUCUCAGGUAGAAGAACAAAGGGUAGCAGCUCUGGAGAACCAGAUCUCUGAGGUGUCUGAACUGCUGGGUACCUAUGAGAAAGCCAAGCAGAAAGACCAGCUGGCCAUCCAGAAGCUGAAGGAGCGAAUUUUGCAGCUGGACCUGGAGAACAAGACACUGGCCCUUGCAGCCUCCAGCCGGUCCUCUCUUGACAUCCACGGUGAUGAAUCCAGUCUGGAUAUCAAUGUCUUGAAGGACAAGAUGGAGAAGCUCAAGAGGCUACUGCAGGUUGCAGCUAGGAAAAGCCAGGUGACCCUGGACGUGGAGAAGCUCUGCGACCCUGAGAUAAUGGCCAACUCCGAGGCUGCCGAUGGGGAAAAGGCUACUGCGCUGUACUACCAACAGGAGCUGAAGCAGCUGAAGGAAGAGUUUGAGCGGUACAAGAUGAGAGCCCAGGUUGUGCUCAAAAACAAGAACACCAAAGACGGGAACCUGGGGAAGGAGCUGGAGGCAGCGCAGGGGCAGCUUGCUGAGUUGAAGGACAAGUAUAUCUCCCUGCGGCUGUCCUGUGAGGAGCUGGAAAGCCAGCACCAGCAGGAGGCUGAGGACUGGAAGCAGGAGCUGGCCCGGCUGCAGCAGCUCCAUCGGCAGGAACUGGAGCGCAGCCAGCUGGACUUCAGGGACCGCACACUGAAACUGGAGGAGGAGCUACACAAGCAGCGGGACCGGGCCCUGGCUGUGCUUGCUGAGAAGGACUUGGAGCUGGAGCAACUACGUUCUGUGGCCUUGUCCUCUGGGUUGCCAGGACGCAGAAGCCCCGUGGGAGGAGUGGGUGGUGGAGGUCUUGGGGACCCAGCCGACACAGCUUCCUCAGAUAGCUUGACCCAAGCCUUGCAGCUUGCUGCAGCCAACGAGCCCACCUUCUUCCUUUAUGCUGAGCAGUUAGCUCGAAAGGAGGUGGAGAUCACAUCUCUGAGGAAGCAGAAACACAGGCUGGAGGUAGAGGCCCAUCAGCUGCAGGAAAGGCUACUGGAGGAGGGCGAGCGGCAUCGAGAGGAGGUUGGAGCCCUUCAGAGCCACAUCGAAAAGAACAUGAGGGACCAGAGCAGGGAGGGAGCCAACCUGGAAUAUCUCAAAAACAUCAUCUACCGCUUCCUGACCUUGCCGGACAGCCUGGGCCGCCAGCAGACGCUCACAGCCAUCCUCACCAUCUUGCACUUCAGUCCCGAGGAGAAACAAGUGCUAAUGCGGCUCCCAAGUGGUGGGAGCUGGUGGCCUUCCAGCAAGAGAUGAUAGACACUUUUUCACCAACUCUUGAAAUCUCCGUGCCUCUUUUAUGUGGGAAGGGCAGGCUCGGAUUUCUAUGGCCUCUUCUCUUACAUUCUUAUUUAUUUCUUCACUGUGUUGAACUCACAGCGGUUCAAAGUAGAAUGGGAUUAUCUGCCAAGUGCCAUUAAUGCAAUUUUAUCCUUGGGCUCUCGGGAGACUGCCAGUAUUGAGACAGCACCUUGUAGCAGUCUGUAUGUGGAACAGGUUAGGGAGAAAGGCUGGGGAUAGGAGGGAGGAGCAAGUUAGGGAAGUGGUGAGGGUCUUUGUGAAUAAGAUAUUUUAUUAUGCUCCCGGCUCAGAGCUAGGAGUAAAUGCGACUCCCAGGGGAAUUCAUCUGACUUUGAACAUAUGCAGUAACUAUGCAUGUAUUCCUUCUCUGUCAGAAUCUGGUCCACUUUUGUCCUAAUUCUCUGGGGACAUUAACAUCAAGCCAGAAAGAGACCAGGGAGUUAGAAACAGUAACAGUUUGUCCAAAGGGCUGAGUGAGCUCAUCCCAGAACUUAGAACUUUGCUUCCAGGGACCAGCUUACCACUUUGUGUCCAUCCCAGAGAGGGUCCUGAGCAGCAGUGUGAUCUUGGAGAUUUCCAAAUUGGUCCUAUUUGGGCCAGGACAGGAUUAAAAAUAAACCUCUCCUGCUUAAGGCUGGCCCGAGAGUGUGAGCGAAUGACUCUAUAGCCUUUUCCCUCAGUGUUGAGCUUGUAUAAGAAAUGAAAUCUUAGCUUCUUUCAGAGCGUUUGGACAGUGAGCCGGGGCCUGCAGGGAUACGAGGAAUUUCUGCCAAGAUGUAUUCCCAGCUGUGUUUGCUUUUGCAGGGACAGGAAAAAGGCGGUAAUUUGCUGCAGAUUCCAAAACACUGUUAGGACCCUCACAGGAAAAGCAUAGUUCAGCUGAAAUACUUUCUGCCCUGUGAUCAUGGCAAAGGUUAAUUCUAUUCUUUUUUUCCUUUUGGUUAAUUCUAUUCUUUAAGGAAAGUAGCUCUCAGAAAACUUGGGUCAAAGCACUAUGAGUUGCCCAAUUCUUUUCAGUCUGCUCUUCUGGGUUAUAAAGACCUUUGGACCUGAAAGACCAAUGUUUGGCCAUUAAUAUCUAUCUUUUGCUAUUUUUAUUAUUGAGAUCUGUUUUGUGAGGGUUUGGGGUGCAGAAGACUUUGAUUAACGAUGUUUUCUAUGGGAGGAGGUGACCUGAUUAUUUGCGUAAUCUGACUUCAAUGGAACAGAAGUGAUGUCUUUAUGGUAAUAACAAUGGUCAUUAAACCUGAGUGACUUGA